AUGGGUUCGUUUCCUACGAAAAUCAAUAAGACUAAAGCACGUUUUAUCAACAUCAACACCCUUGAAGAUUUGGAGAGUGAGGCUAAGAAUGUGUCUGAAGAUGAGACAUUCUUGUCGCGUGGAAUUUCCAACAUGAAUUUAUCUGAAACACCAAAUGGACCUCACGAAAUUGAGGCCACCUUCGCUGAUUCUACGGAACAAAUCACUUUCCAACUUGAUGGCGAAGAGCCUUUUAACGAGCGGCGCAUCCUCUUCGCUAUAUCAGGCUGUGUCAGUGGCAAAGUAUCCAGUCGAAACCGCAAAGAGAGGCGCACGGUCACAGGUGGGAUCUGGGGCGAUCCAUCCAGAGACCCCAUUUACAAGGAGGCUACUCUCAACCGAGAUUCUGAUCGGCGUGAGAUUGCAAGGGUUCUACGCGGGAGAGAAGUGCAUACCAGGGCCGAUUUGGAGCUACAAGAAUCCGAAACGACCUAUCACUCGUUUAGAAGAUCCCCCGAUGGUCAGUCAGUCACUCAUUAUGGUCAAAUUCGACAGUACCCCAUAUCUAGCUCUGUGAAAACAGUUGCCGUCCUGGAAAGGGGCCGGCCUUUUCCUUCUAUAGCGGCGAUGAGUGGCUGGGGGCAUUCUGAAUGGCCUUCAACCAAGGUGAGUGGCAGAGAUUGGACUGCAAUGGUCCUCAAAUUAGCUACUAUUGUUGGCCAUACAUUGUCUGCCUAUACUGCAAAAGACCAAGGAAUUCAAGGACAGUUCCAAGCAUCCCACGCCGAGAAGCAGUUGAUCGCCUAUUUCCUUGACCGACAUGUUUUUCUACAGCAGGAUAAGACCCCAAACCCACAAUUCGACGAAGAAAUUGAGAAUCAAGAAUCGGAGAUCUCGGAAAUGGCCUCCCGGUUUUCUAGCAUCCGUCAAAUGCAUCGCCUUCAAAAAUAUAGGAACAAAGUGGUAUUUGGGUUAUGGAACAAAGAUGAUAAAUUACUCGGGGAUGAAUAUGAUGAAGUGGUGAAGGGCUUGAAAACAAGCGUUGCAUCCCUUGACGAGGAAAUUGCUGUCCUCGAACGUCGUCCCGAAGCAAGGCAAAUGAGGGCUCGAGAGCGUCAGAUACGGCUGAUUCAGCGUCAAAAAAGGCUUCACGAGCGCCUUAACCGCAUGUCAGCAAAGGAGCCAGAAAGAACUUUGCGACGGGCAACUAUACUGAUAAGCACACCUACGCAUGAGGUUUGUGAGGACUGCUUGUUGUUUCAGAACAGGGUCAACCACUUCUUCCGUCUACAGAUCGAGUUGCGUGAGUGUACAACGUGA